CUGUGACGUAGAUGCAAUUCCUUUCUCAAAUCAAACAACGGCUGAUUCUUUGGACCAUGAUGCAAGUAUCGUUAUAGCCUGUAACAGUGGGUACUCUACCGGUAUGGGUAUUCUAACAGAGCUCAUGUGUGAUAACGGAACCCUUUCUGCACCUGUUCCUUCCUGUUAUGAAAACUGUGACGUAGAUGCAAUUCCUUUCUCAAAUCAAACAACGGCUGAUUCUUUGGACCAUGAUGAAAGUAUUGUUAUAGCCUGUAACAGUGGCUUCUCUACCGGUAUGGGUAUUCUAACAGAGCUCAUGUGUGAUAACGGAACCCUUUCUGCACCUGUUCCUUCCUGUUAUGAAAACUGUGACGUAGAUGCAAUUCCUUUCUCAAAUCAAACAACGGCUGAUUCUUUGGACCAUGAUGCAAGUAUCGUUAUAGCCUGUAACAGUGGGUACUCUACCGGUAUGGGUAUUCUAACAGAGCUCAUGUGUGAUAACGGAACCCUUUCUGCACCUGUUCCUUCCUCCUGUAACAGUGGCUACUCUUCCAGUAUGGGUAUUCUAACAGAGCUCAUGUGUGAUAAUGGAACCCUUUCCGCACCUGUUCCUGUCUGUUAUGGUAAGAUCCUAUUAAUCUUGGAUAAAUCUGCCAAAUAA